AACUUAAGCAGCUCAGAACUUGAUUGGGUGCAGUGUAGUUCUUGACCUACCUUUGUAAUCAAAUCAAGUUUAGCAUUUGGAAAGCAUUAAAGAUAGCUAGAAACAGUCACUGCACAAAUGAUAUGGCUAGAUAGGCAACUGUAGCAAUGUAGUCCAAGUUAGUUCAGGCUGUGACAGACAUUCAAAGUCAUUCACAUCAACAAAGAUAGCAUAUCUGCUUUCUUAACAUUCCUUGCCGUUGCUUUGGACAGCAGUAUGCGAGUACAGUAAGUCGAGUUAUCAGCAAAAACAAAUUUCAUAGUUACUUUAUUGCAUCUAUAACCUUGCCUGGCUGUUGGAGAAGCCUUUGGACAGAAUUUCUGUCUUAUUUUGCUGCUAGAAAACUCACAACUUUUCCCCGUGUGUUGGUCACCAUUUUAUUUCAUUGUGGCCACUCCCACUUUUAAUGAAAUAUUGAAAACUAAAUUUAUAUACCUUUUCAAUGCAUAGCAUCUACCAUAUUACGCAUGAAUAGGGGUGACGUACAUGUACAGACAGACAAACAUACUCGUCUCGUUUAUGUGGAUAAUAAUUGUAUAUGUUUUUAUUUUAUUUCUUGCCUUUUUUAGUCUUGCUAUGACAAAGCCUGAUCGGCCCCUUAUUGCCAGGUGAUGUUGUACUCUCAGGGUUUCAGGACUGCCGAGACACUCGCUAGCAAGAUAGUACCUUUCUUUAAAUUGUGUGAUGAGGAGUUAUUCAAUCAGUCUCAUUAUGACUUUGGUCUGAGAGCCCUAAAGAGUGUACUGGUGAGUGCUGGUAAUAUCAAGAGGGACAGGAUCCAGCAACUGAAGCAAGAACUGGCAGCUCAAGGACAGACACUGGAGGAAACACUGGUCGAUAAGGUACUGCAGAUAUACCAGAUUCAAUUGUUAGCUCAUGGUGUGAUGAUGGUUAGCCCCAGUGGAAGUGGAAAGUCUUAAGCUUGGAAGGUUCUCCUUAAGGCACUUGAGAAGCUAGAAGGUGUUGAGGGUAUGGCUCACGUCAUGGAUCCCAAGACGAUAUCAAAGGAUAACCUUCCGGAGUACUUGAUCCAAACACUAGGGAAUGGACUGAUGGACUGUUUACUCACAUAC